AUGCCCUUCUUCGGGAAGAAAAAGAAGAAGCAGGACUCCAAGUCAGUGCCAGACCUUCCCAAACUGGAUCUGGCUUUGACGAUUGCAUGCUUUGCCUUCCUGAUCGUGGAUACCGCACUCUUCACGCAGUAUGAAGGGUCUCAUGUCGUGGCAGAGCUGGCCGUGUACAUGUUGGUGACAGCUGUGGCGAUUGCAGCAUGCCGCGCUGCAGCAACGGCCAUGGGACGAGCGCUGUCUACAAAGGAGGCUUUGGCCGCCCCUCGGAACCUUCGGAAAUUCUCCGACCAGUCCUGGCAACUUGUUGUGCACGUGCUGAUGACCGCCUACGAAGUCCUGCUAUUCCAAAGGAAUGGCUGGGAGUGGUGGACGGACACAACGACUCUCUGGGACCGUCCCUGGCAAGAUAGUGGCGAGUGUCCGCCAGAUCUUCGGACGUUGUACAUCGCACAGCUGGCCAUCUGGUUUGUGACAGCCUUUUCGCACAAGUUUGUGGAAGCCAAGCACAACGAUUACUUCGUGAUGUACGGGCAUCACGUCGCCACCCUGGGCUUGGUCUCGCUCUCCUACUUCAACGGCUGGCAGCCAAUUGGGCUGAGCACACUCUUCGUACACGACUCCUCGGACAUCGUGGUCGACUUGUUGAAAAUGGUGAACUACCUCGGGUAUGACUCGAAGAGCGGACUUUUCCUUGCAGAGGGCUUCUUUGCUGUCAACCUGGUCACGUGGUUCCUGAUGCGUACUUACUUCUUCAUUCUGAAGGUCAUCAGGUCAACCAUCCCGAAAGAUUUCUUCGCACCUGGGUGGGGCGACUAUGACCGCAGUGCACCCCUCGUCAGCCCUCAAAAUGCUUGCCGGCUGCUGCUCAUCGUCCUUGGCCUGAUGCAU